GAUUUGUGUCAUUUGUGUCUGUACUCUAUGGUAUUUUCCUGCUUUUGUGACUUUUCUAAUUGUGAAAAUUCCAUAAAAUUCAGAAAGUUUUACUAAAAAUACGCAGUUUUAUUAGUUUUAAGUUUAAAAUCUAGAAAAUUAUUUCAUAAGAACAAUGGCUGGAAUCAAAGGGUUGGUGUCCCUGGCAUUUGCUGGCUCCAUUGGGAUGACAUUUGUUAUAUUAGCUUGUGCCUUACCACAGUACAAGUUAUGGUGGCCAUUCUUCGUAGUUCUCUUCUACAUCCUAUGCCCCAUUCCGACCAUGAUCGCUCGGCGUCACACCGACAGCGCUGGAGGCACUAACUCACCGUGCAUGGAGGCAGCUAUCUUUAUAACCAUGGGUAUACUUGUGAGCUCAUUCGCUCUACCCAUUGUUCUUGCGCGAGCUUCUGUGAUCCUGUGGGGUGCUUGCUAUUUAACAUUAGCAGGUAACGUAAUUGUCUAUCUGACCGUUCUGGGCUUCUUCACAAUCUUUGACAUGGACGACUCAGAUUAUGCAAUGUGGUGAGAGAUCUAACAUGUCUUUGUUAUAGACAAAAGCAUAUAUACAGAGACGAUUGUAAUACACGAUUUUUUGUAUGAUAAGAAAUGUGGUUAUGUCUAUUGUCUACCUACUAUGUAAUAAAUAAUUUAAGUCUGAUAAACAUGAUACUGAUAUUAAUAAAUAAAUUGAAUUGAAUUAUUAUGCCAGAAUUAGAUGGUUCAUUUUAUUGCUUUUUGUCCAACCCUAUAUAAGAGGUAGCCACAGCCAACGGUAAUUUUUGGAGUGUUCAAGCGACUCACCAUAAACCUAGUGUCUUCAGGCAACAUCGUUCUUUUAAUUUCAUCGUCCGAAUCCCGACCCCUUUGACGACGUGGAGUCUCCUUACAUGGUUAAAUUUUAACGGUGACCAUAACCUAACUUGAACAGCUUGUCAUGCAACUGCACUUUAAUGGUGAUUUUAUCAAUUGGUUUUGGUGCUAAUUUGGUUGUAUACAGUCUCAAACUAACUAAAUUCGUCAAUUUCCUAAAUCGCCUCUAGGUUUUAUUGUAAUAGUGCUAUCCUUUUUUCAGUGUUCGUAGAAAACGACAGCCCUAGAGUCAUAGUGCUGUCCUUUUCUAUUAUUAUCUAUUAAUGAUUGGUUUAUCAUUAGUAAAGUUUGGAGAUCUGUUUAACUGACUUAGCACUUUUAUUCUUCGUUUUUCACUAAAAUUACCACCACAAAUGAACCAUCUAAUUCCACCCCUAUAUUGAUUUGUUGCCUAAUAAUGUUGAUGUAUCCCUCUUUAAUUAAUAUUGUCUUUGGUUGGUUGUUUGGUUGUUCUAUUUAAUUUGCAGAUUAAUUAGUAUACUUAAUUAAGUAUAUAAGAAAAUUGUAUUAACAUAAUAAUCAUGUGUAUUUUUUUACGAAUUAGCAAAUUAAUCCCCAUGUUUAACCCUUUGAAAUAAUUAUGAUUAAUAUGAUAUUAAUGUUUUAAAUAAUUAAUUAAUCAGUUAAGUAUGUAACAUUUUAUACGUAGAUGCAGAUUUUUUUUUUGUUAUGUUUACUUAGAUUAAUUUGAUUUUAAACGAAAUUUUAAAUUAUAUGUAGUUUUUAGAUUAGGACAAAAAGAGGUUUAACAUGGAUUUUAAAGAUGAAGAAUAUUUCUGUAUGUUUAAAUUCUUGGUUAUUCUCAUAAUUCAAAAACAUCGUAAAUUAUAUUAUUAUAGUUACUGAAACUAUUGACUGAAAAUAUUCAAAACAGCUUUAUAUUCUGUGUGAAUAAUAGUGAAAAAGCAUAAUAUUUUGAUUUAUUUUCCAAGUUACAUUAAUGGCUUUUGAAUUACAACGUUAAUUUGCUUCGUCCAAAUGUCCUAAGAUUUCAGUCGAUUUUUUUUUUUAUUUACAAAUAAUAAUAUUAUGCAUUUUCGACCAAAUGUAUGGGAGAUUCUAAUAAUAGUUCUCGAAAUAAUAUUUUAGUAACAAACACUGCUUUUUUUGUGCUAAGCUAUUUAGACGCUUAUUUUGUAUUAGAUAUUACAUCCAUAAAUACAAGCUAAUGUUGGAAUUAGAAUGUCCAGCUCAGUCUUAUUUGGUCUAGCUAUGAUUCAGAGAUGUUGUUCUGUCUAAUAUUUCAGUUUUCAUAAAGUAGCCACGUGAAAAUUUUUGUUUUUUCCCUAAAUAACUGAAUGUAAUGUUGAUAUAGGUAUUCAGAUUUGUUUUUGCUUCACUCUUGUAAUAUUGCGAAACUGGGUGUAAAUUCAAAUUUUUGAAAUGGUAACAUUUAACUGAGUCUUACUCUCAUUCCUGAGGUUUGUGAUCUCAGCUUCUAAUUAAUGACGUAAUACAGUCCGAUAAGGCUCUUUUGGCACUUAAGUGAGGGCGCUGUUGUAGCUUUAUGCUGACACAGCGAACCAUGGAGGUUAGAGAGAAGGAGAACGAUCGCUACACGCUAAAGCAUUAGCGCGCCUGUCCCUCAAAAUUGGUAGAAUUUAUAACCGCGCUGUCGUCGGUAAGGAGUAUCUGUGAAGUUAGCUGUUUAUGAGUACAAGUAGAUGAAGUUAGUUGCAUAAUGUAUAAAUUUUCUUCGCGGCAUCGGUGAGAAAAUAAUCGUGCUCCGUAAUUUUUUAAUUUUUGACGAAAAGAAACAUUAAAAAAUGGCGAAAUAUUGUAUUGUGCGUGGAUGUACAAGUGGUUUAGCAUCUGAUCGGAAAAAUAGAGUGAAAAACAAUUUACGUCAAUCAUCAUUAUUUAAAGUACCAAAGGUAAUAUCUUCAUAGUAGCACAUUGAAAUAUUGAAUGUGUAAAAUUA